CACGCAACACCGUCAACUGUUUACGAAUAUUGAUUCACUAAUGUAUCUAUUCUCUUUAGGUAAGAUUAUGCGAUUGUCAUACAUGUAAAUAACUCGCGAGAAACCCGUUUAAACACAUCUUAUUAAAUAUAUGGCAAACAUUUACAUGAGUUACAUUUCUGUACGUCAGUGAUCAGUGUGAUCUGUCAUGAUCCGAUGUCACUUUCUGUUCACUAGAGCACUGAACAGCUUGUCAAGAGUGUUUUAUUGUAAAGUUACUGACACACGACCAAAGCCCGUGGAUUUCCGUGUCAUAUCUCAGUGCUGCUCUGCUGACAGGAGUAUGCAGUGUGUCACAGAGACACGCAGUGUAGCAUGCGGCGAAGAUGUCACGAGCUGCACACUACAACAUCAGACUCGACACAUCAACACUACUGAGGCUGUUAAGAAGGUAAUAAGAAAGUCAAAGAAAGAGCCAAAGAAGAGCAAGAAGAAGAGGAAGGAGAGACGUGCCGCAGGAUGCUCAGACAGUCUGAUGUCAGAACUUCCCUUCUCAAACACAGAGAUCUGGACGGAGCUGGGCUUUACCAGCUCGCAAGCAAGUGUGAAGAAGAAGCGUAAGAGAGGAGAGAGCGGACGAGUAGAGAGCGAGGAGGAUGGAGAUAAGAAGAAGAAAAAGCAGACGACUCGCCCAAACUACUUUGUCUCGGUGCCGAUCACCAACCCAAAGAUCAAAGAGGCGGUGGAGGAGGUUCAGAAGCUGGUUCUGGAGAAAGAUGGGCGUCUGUCUCGAGCUCUCGUACCUGUGGACACUCUACACAUCACUCUUCUGGUGACACACCUGAGGACACAACAGCAGCUCGAAGUUGCUGUGUCUGCGCUGUGUGAUCUGCAGGACUCUCUGAACACAUUGUUGGAGGGCAGGAGUCUCGUUCUGCCCUUCUGUGGUGUGGGACACUUUAAACAGGAAGUGGCAUUUGUUCAGAUCGCAGAAGGAGAUCAUUUGAGCACGCUCACACACAUGGCAGAGCGAGUGAGGAAGGCGUUUGAGGAGAGAGGCAUCACGUCUGCUGAUGAUAAAGCAUUCAAACCUCAUCUGACGUUUCUGAAACUCUCACGAGCGCCCAAACUACGCAAGCAGGGAGUUAAGAAGCUCUGUCCCACGCUGCUGUCAGACUUUGAGAGUCGUGUUUUUGGAGACGAAUGUGUGUGUAGAGUGGACCUGUGCUCCAUGCUGAAGAAAAAGUCUGCAGAUGGAUAUUAUCACUGUGAGAAGAGCGUCACAUUCAGUGUUAAGAAAGCGCCGGCGCUGGAUGAUGAUGAGUUGGUGAGUCUGAGUAAGCGUCUGGUUGAAGAUGCCGUGUUGCGGGCCGUGCAGCAGUACAUGGAGGAAACGCAACACAACGGCGCGGUGCCAAAAGACGAGGGUCCGCCGGGACCCACCGACACUCUGAGCACCACAAAAUGACCUCGCGACCCUCAGCCUGUACCCUGACCCGACCGCUGCGACACGCCUCCACCUGCCAGGGGGCGUCACACGACGGCAGAGAGGCGUUAAGAGUUGAUCUGUGGAGUGAGGUGUAGAAGAUCUGUGUUCUGGAGAUGCUCACGGGACGUGCACUGAUGAUGAUUCGGUGUUGGCCAUUUAGUCUUUCCUUUAUCUAAAUCACUCUCCUGCUUCACAUUAAUGACCACAGACAGAAUGAUGAACUGUCAACCAGUCACACACACACACGUUAAUGACAAUCUCAGCUGUUCUCUCUCACUGUGGAAAUGUACGGCAGACGUGAAGCUCAAGUGUUCUUCCAUCACACAGAACAUGUGGACAUGUACAGGACUCAAGUCCUCAUGUGAAGAGAGUGACAUUAACGGACGGCGCUUGUGUUUGUGUUUCAGGCCGACUCGACUCACAGAGCGUCCGCUUGCGGAAGAGAGUUCAGGACGUUAAGACUCUGUUAACACAAACACACAUUCAAGCUAACAUCAUACAAGAGCUGAAGCUGAACACACGCACACGCGUGCACACACACACGCACGCACACACACAGCAGGAGGGACGAGCACUUGACAUGAAGUUACUCUGAUUUUCUGAAUAUUACAGUAAAUAUGAGUUGAUUUGUAUAAUGUUUCAGAUGAGCACUUCCGCAGUGGCCUUACAGACCCUCAUGUGUCAUCGCUGAUGUUUCAUUCAUUGAUAUUUUCACCAAAACCUUAAAAUCUCUCUUUUAUGUCUGUAAUGUCAUCUUUUUCUUCUGUUAACCCAUAUUGAUGAUGUCGUGUGGCCGUAUGAAAUGCUUUGGGCCACGUUGAAUCAGGGAUGAUUCAAUAAAGCACUAUAUGUCUAUGAUGUCAUCAAUCAUCGCCCGUCACUUUUUUUAGGCUCAAAAUAAAUGACUUUCAGUUGAAAAUGAUUUGAAGUCCCUUGUUGGAUUGUUGUUUAUUUGUCAUUUCAUUUGUCUUUUGUCAAAUUCAUUCUAGUGAUGGUUAUAAUUUCCAAUAAAGCGUUAAGUCAGUUUUAUUGGAGAUCUGGUAGUGUCAGGUUUUUUACUUGUUGUUUUAUUAACAUUUAGAAUUAGGUUUUUUUUAUAUAGUUCGUUUUUGAGUUAUUUUUAGAUAUCUUGUUAUGUGCUUUUGACUCUUUUUGCUGUUAAGGUGUCAUUUCAGUUUCAGGUUAGUUUAUAUUUAUUUCCAGUUGAUCAUUUUAGUGCCUCAACUUUAACUUAAACUUUUGUUAUUUGAAGGCUUAGUAAUUCUUUGGCCUGCAGUAUAUUUGGCUUUUACUUGAUAGAAAUCGUUUAAUGCUUGAAAGAGUUUUAGUCGCCUAUAAUAACCCUGGAUCCCCACAGAAGAGAAACAGGAAUGUUGUUUUGGCAGCAGUCGUGUCGGUCUGAAGGUCGAAUGAGACGUAUGAGGACAGAAGAUGAAGAAAAGCCCUUGAAAUGACGUCAAUCAAACCACUGACUCUCACUGCUCCACUUACUGUCAUUCAAGACCAAGAGUUGGAUGUUUUUAAACUCACCUGUUGUUGUUUUUUAUUUAGUGUUUAUUUUUGUUAGCGUGUUUUGUUUGUAUUAAAGGUAUAAGAAUGUGUGUA